AUGAUGAAUGAUUUUAACAGACGUGUUAACAGUAUUAUUGUGAAAAAUUUACCAUUAGAUUUUAAUGAAAAUCAAUUGGAAGAACUUUUUUCACCAUUUGGACAAAUUAUUUCAAGUAAAGUUUUACCAAAUAAUCCAAGUUUUGAAGGAGGUUGUGGUUUUGUUAAUUAUGCUGAUGCAGAAAGUUGUAAUCAAGCUGUUGAUCAUAUGAAUAGUUUUGUUGUUCAAGGAUUUACUUUACGUGUUAGUCAAUCAAUGUCAAGAUCUGGUACUAGUAACUUUAAUCGAACACAAAAUGGAUUUCGUGCUAAUAGUGAAACAAAUGGUCGUACAACAUCGACAACAAAUGUCAAUCCAGAUGAAAAUAGUCAUACAUCACCACCUAGUACUCAAUCACGAUUUAGUAGCUUUCGACCAGUUAUUGAACGAUCAUCGAGUACAACUCAAACAAAACCAAUGUCAAUAAAUAGUAGACAUUCAAGUGCUAAUGAAUUAGAUGCAGAUUCAAAUACGAAUAAAUCAUUAUGGAAUACUCAUAUUGAACAUCAACAAAGAAUAGCCAAUGUUAAUAGUCCAUUUCAAAGUGGUAAAUCAAUGAAUAUUGAAGAACAUGAACCAUUUGUAAAAAAUCAAAUUUAUAAUAUUUAUUUAUCAAAUCUUGAAGUACCUAAUAUAGUAUUUGCAGCAACAUUAGAUGAUUAUGUUAAUGCUACAUUACUUAUUACACAAAUGAAUAAACAUGAACAACUUACAAAAAUACAAGCUAAUUCUUAUAAUGCAAAAUUAGCUAUCGGACAAGUUUGUGCUGCACUUUUUAAUAGUGAUUGGUAUCGAGCUCGUAUUUUAGAAAUUAGUGAUAGUCGUGUACGAGUUCAAUAUAUUGAUUGGGGAAAUACUGGAUGGUGUGAUUCAAUUCUUGAAAUUCGUCCAUUACCAAAUGAAUACUACAAAGAUCCAGCUUUAUGUGUUAAAUGUAUUUUAGAUGGUGUUUCAUCUAAUGAGAAACUCACAAAUGAACAAACAAAUGCUAUUCUUGGUGUACUCGUUCUUGAUCUUAAACUUGAAAUGACUGUAUUACGUAUUGAAAAUGGUAUACCAUAUAUACGAUUAAAUUUAGGUGAAAGAAAUUUAAAUAAUGAAAUAUGUAAUAUUCUUCAAUCAUCAUCUAUAAUAAAACAAAAUCAAAUUAUGAAUUUUGCUUCUAAUAAACCUGAAAUAAAUCUAUCUGAAAUUUAUUAUGUUCAAUUAACAACUGUUGAUACAGAACCUGAAUGUUUUCAUGUUUUACUUAUGCGUGAUUGUCUUUCAAUCAUAAUGAAUGUAUUAAAAGAUUGGCAUGCUAGUAGAAAACCAUUAACUGUCGAACCAAAAUCAAAUAUGCUUGUUUGUGCACAAUAUGAUGCUGAUGAUCUUUGGUAUCGAGGUUGGAUUCAAAAUGUUACUGAAGGUGGUUAUCGUGUAUAUUUUGUCGAUUUUGGUAAUGAAGAAAUCGUUUCUAUUGAUCGUCUUAGUGAAUGUCCAGAUAUUUUAAAAAAUAUUCCAUGGCAAAGUGUACAAAUUAAAUUAGCAAAUAUUACAUUAACAGAUGAUGAACGUUAUAUACUUUUAAAAGAUUUUGAAACUGAUCGACUUGAAAUGAAAAUUAUUCAAAAACAUCAAGAUAUUUAUCAUGUUGAUUUAGUUGCAAAUGAAAAAUCACUUGUAGAACAUAUAUUAGAAUUACGAAAAAAACAACAAUCAAAAAUUAAUGAGGUAUCGAAAAUACUUACGGAACCAAUUCAACAAAUUUUAACAACAGUAUCAACAUCAAUACCAAUGAUGACAACGGAAAAUAUUUCACGAAUAUCCAAUGAAUAUUCACAACCAAUUCCGUUACCUGUUCAACCAAUUGUUGAUGUACCAGCACAACCUAUCAUAUUAAACAAUAGUAAAAUGUUGCAAUCAACAACAACAACAACAAAUGCUACUACUACGACGGUUAAUGCUGCUAAAAUGCCUGUAUCGAACAUUUUGAGCACGGUAACAAAACAAGAGCCUACUAUCGAACAAAAGAAUGAUAGUUCGAUUAAUGAUAAUUUAAUAACAUUAAUUACUGAACAACGUCGACAAAAUCGUUUACUUGAACAAGUUAUUGCAGCAAUUAAUACAACUAAUGCACUUCUUACACAACUUGUUCAACGUUAA